AUGGCAAGAACAAGAUCUAGUGCUGGAACUAGCGGCGGCCGUGGAAGAGGCCAUGGUGAAAACAAAGACUCUGGUCAAGGUCGUGGUAUUGGCCGAGGAACUGGACGGAGUGGAGGCCGUGGUAUAGGUCGUGGCGCUGGGCCUGAGGUAGUUCAAGGUGUUGGCCGUGGUACGGGCCGUGGAAAUGAACAGGUUGGAGGUCGAGGUACUGGUCAUGGUGUUGGACGUGGUGCAGGCCGUGGUGGCGGCCGAGGUAGUGGCCGUGGACGCGGUCAUGGUGAAGCUGAAAAUGAAACUGCAAAUGAGCAAGCUGGAAUGCAACCAGACUCAGCCAUGAUUGCCAUGAUCACCCAAGUGUUCUGCACUGCAACUGAACUGGUGAAGCUAGAACGAGAGUUUUUGGAACAUAAGAUGGUCGGUGCAGAUCAUGCUGGAUAUACAACCCGCUUUAAUGAACUUUCAAGGCUCGUUCCACACUUGGUUGAACCUGAGAACAAAGGUAUAAAGAAGUAUCUUUGUGGGUUAAUUCCUCAGGUUAGAUCGACUAUGGCUGCUGUUCACCCACUUACUCUAGAGGAGGCUAUAUUGAGGAGACCAAUCGGAGUUCGUGGAGGGUGUUAUGAAUGUGGGGCCACUAAUCACUAUCGGAACACAUGUCCUCAGUGGGUUGGGCAACAGGUUCAAGUGGCAGUUCAUCCUAACCAGCUACAAAUUACUGGACCCAAUCAGAAUAGAGGCAAUCAGGCUCCAGCUGCUAGAGGUCGUGCUUUUGUUCUGAAUGCUGCUGAGGCUUGCAACGACCUGAACGUGGUUGCAGGUACGUUUCUUCUAAAUGGUCAUUAUGCUACUGUUCUCUUUGAUUCUGGAGCUGACUAUAGUUUUGUCGCAACUAGUUUCAUUCCUUUAUUGAGUGCUAAGCCGAGUCCUAUGUAUUUAUGUUUUGACAUAGAAAUGGCUAAUGGUGGUGCAAAAAUUGUUAGAAUUCCCUUACCAAACGGUGAGACACUAAAAGUUCAGGGCGAGGUGUCUGAUUCUUUUGAGGGUCGUGUCAUGAGUGCGUCUGCUAAAGAGGUUAGCUUGAUUAAUGUCCCCAUUGUUCGGUACUAUCAGGAUGUCUUCCCUGAUGAAUUGCCUGGCUUACCUCCGUCUCGACAACUUGAUUUUCGCAUUAGUCUCGUUCCUAAUGCAGCUCCUGUAGCAAAAUCUCCCUAUAGAUUAGCAACAACUGAAUUACAGGAAUUGCCCACGCAAUUAAAAGAACUUCAGGACAAAGGAUUCAUUAGACCUAGCCAGUCACCGUGGGGAACACCUGUACAAUAUUUGGGACAUGUCGUGAGCAAGGAUGGAAUACACGUGGAUCCUGGCAAGAUUGAUUCAGUCAAGAACUGGAGAACACCAGAGACACCGACUGAAGUCAGAUAA